CACUAUUUCACGGACUCGACCUGGAUCACACUCAACUGGCGGAUCUUCCGACGGUGAGGAGCAUGGCACGGCUCGUGGCUUUCGAUGCAGAGGUCCUCGACCAUGAAGCAACGACGCGCGCGAUAGAGCAGCUGGUUCGGACGAUCGACGAGCUGUGUGGUGCAUGCUACGGCCCCCGCGGGCGCUGCAUCAUGCUCCGAGCCAACGAGCGCUGCGGCGACGCCAUCACAAUCACGUCCACAGCGGCGCGUAUCUUUGAGCGCUCCAAUGUGGCCACGUCAUCGCCCGUCGCGACCUUGUAUUGCCAGCUUCUCCAGAGCCACAUGAAGCAAUUCAAGGACCACGGGCUCUUCGCAGCGCUCUUCUCGUCCACCUUGCUGCGGGAGGCGCUCACCUCGCUCCAGGACAUUUCCCGAUCCCAAAUCAUCCAAGGCUACACGCUGGCGCUGCAGUGGUCGCAGCGCUUCUUACGCGACCCGGCGCAGUGCCACAGCCGUCGCGAGGUCGCGUGGAGCAACGUCGACGCGAUUGCAGCCGUGAUCACCGGCGUCUUGCGCCCCAAGACGGCGGUCGCAGCGCUCGGGAGCGCGCUUCAGCACCACGUUGGCCUCGUGCUGGAGGCAUUCGUGCACGUGUUACAAGACGCGCUGGACGAGCCGCACGAAGCGCGGCUUCUGCGCUUUGUUCGCCUCGACGCCCUCGACCCGAUCGCAUCCUGCGUGCAUUUGAACACGCUGUUUCUGGACGUGCCAGCGCCGUGGCCAUAUCCGCCGCUUGUCGACGUCGUCGUUGCGCUCUACAGCAUCUCGCUGCAUGCGCCCGACGACCCGUUGCACGUGCAGCUUGUGGCGGACGAUGUCGACGUCAUGGAUGCGCUCACAAUUGAGGCCGAUCGGAUGACGUGGCAGCGCUUGGCGACGCACUUGGCGUCCUUACGCGUCACGAUGGUGCUGUCGCAGAGGAAGAUUCCGCUGCCGCUCAUGCACCUCCUCGCCAAGCAUCGCAUCGCGAGCGUCGAGCGGCUCUCGAUCAAGCACAUAGGCGCCGUGCAAGCACUCUCAGGCGCGGCGCUGCUCGGCGACUGGCACGCACAUGUGACCAAGAAGGACCUCGGGCACCUCGCGCGCGUCCGCGUCGACGGCGCCCACCUUGUGCUCUCCACAAACGACCAUGCGCUUCCUAACACAGCUGACGGGCCGUCGAUCCUGUCGCGGGCGCGGGCCGUCGUGACCUUUGGCUUGGCGUGCCCAGAUACCCACGCUUACGACGAACUCACGCACGCAAUCCACGCUGCGAUGGAUAUACUCACCAAACUCCUGCACGCGCCGAUCGUGUACGGCGGCGGCGGCCUCAUGGAGCUCGAGCUCGCCGAGCACACGACGACGACGACGACGAUCGUGUACGGCGGCGGCGGCCUCAUGGAGCUCGAGCUCGCCGAGCACCUGGAGCGACGCGUCGAUGGGAUAUCGUCGCGUGGCAUGGACCGCAGCGCUGGCGUCGAGGUGCGGCAGCUACAGCGGGUGCUCAAGGCGUACAUCCAUAGCCUCCGGGCGCUCGUGGCCCGCAUGAACCCUGCCGGCGUCAUGCCAUCGGCCUUGAGGGCGCGACUGCGCAGGCUCAUUUUGGAUUUCGGGUCGUCGAAAUUGGCCGCGCUCUCGACCGGCGUCUCGACCGCGACGACGCUCCUCCGCCUGGACGCAUCCCUGCUAAGUGCUUCCCACUCGCUCGCGAUGGAGGAGCUCCGCGUCGGCGAGCUCAUCGCGUACCACUGCGCGGCCUUCGUCGCCGGCGACCCGCGCGGUCGGCGCGAGUCGAUCGUCGUGCGCAUCCGCAGCGACACCAAGCACGAGUACCCGAUCAGCAUUGUGAGCAACGACAUUCUGACGCAGGACUCGAUGAUCAAGCGCGUGCAGGACGCGGACGGCAACGCGAUCGAGCGUCCCGAGGGCAUGUGGCGCAAGGUCUACACGUUUACGAUGUUCCCCGGGAAGCACCGGACAGCGCAGAACGCCAGCACGAUCCUCAAGGCGGCAAUGAAGAACGUCAUCAAGGACUCGUAUGCGGCCGUCUAUGGCGAGAAGCCUGCAAAGGAAGCCAAGCGCGAGAAGCAAAAGAAGAACCGCGCGCCCGAGACAGCCAACAUCAGCAAGUUCUUCAAGCCCCUCGGACCCAAGACAGAGCGCAAGGACAAGGACGUCGCUGUCGUGCCUCCAAAUAAGACGUUCUCCGAGUUUUCCAAGCCGUUGACGCCCGCCAAGAAGGCCGCAAAGAAGCUGGACGCAAUGGCCGAGGAUUUUUUCAAGAGCGAGCUCCCGAUGACGCCGGCCAAGACCAAGAAGACUGAAGAAGUCCUCUUCACGAUGGAUGACCUCAUCGCUUCUGGGCUAUCAAGCAACCGUAUCCAAUCGUCCCAAAACAGCAGCCCGUGCCCGCCACGUCAGCUGCCACGACCGCCGAUGAAGAAACCCGAGCACAAGCCAGCCUUCGCAAACAUUGACGAUUCCCCGCCGGUCAAGACAAGCACCAAGCGCGUCUCGGACGAGUGUGACGCGCGGCCCGCCAAGAAACCAUUCAAAGUGCAUCUGGAGCCCGAUCCCGAAACGAUCGACCCCAACGACGACGACUGGUCGAUCCCCAAGAAGAGUGUGCUCGAGUCGCUCGGCCCUGGCCGUGCACCUCGCUCAUUAGGCGUGAACUUGCGGCGGCUGCCACCGGCGGGCAGCAAGCGCCCAGCGUCAACGUCGAUUUCUGAAACCUCAUUCUAUUCCGCAUCGCCCGCCAAGCGCGUGGGUUCGAGUCCAGCGAAGGCGAGUCCCAAGACCAAGCAGUUUGCCAAGUUUGUCGAGGCGCGGGAGAAGGAAGAGGAAGACGAGAAGGCGACGAAGAGCCCUGUCACUAAGAACAAGUGGCUCCAGCGGCGAGGUCAGACGUCGAGUGCACGCGCCAAUGCCAAGCAAUCGACGAUGACGUCGCACUUUCAAUCGCUGUCCUAG